UUGGAAUUUUUUAAAGGAAGCAAAAUCUAAAGUUUGUAUGUUAAUAUCUUGAGCUUUCAAUUCGGUGAUUCAUUGAUUUUACAAGCGUAUUUGUUGUUUUGAAAUCCCAAAGUGGUGGAGACUGGCAGAUACACACAACAGCGCAGAUAUCUGCUUUGCACCUGAGGGUUUUGAAAAUGCAUUCAUCAAAUGGCAAUAUUCGCACGAAAAUAUGAAAGGAAAUUGCCAAUUGAUGACACCGAAACGCUGAGCUGUGAAAUUGUCACAGUUGAGGAAGUCAACGGACACACGGAAUAUUUGCUGCGGGUGCAACGCGGACCAAAUCAGGAAAACUCUUGGAAAGUUUUGCGCCGUUAUAAUGACUUCUAUAAACUCCAUCAAAAACUUGGGGCCCCUGGCGCAUUGCCAAAAAAGCGCUUCUUCGGGAAUAUGCGCCCGGAUUUCAUAGCUGAACGGAAAGAGGCAUUACAAAUUUACAUAAACACCGUACUAAUGAAUCCUAUAUUGGCAUCAUCGCUGCCAGCCAAGCGUUUUGUUGACCCCGAAAACUACGCGCAAUCUUUUCAUGAUCAUGCUAUGCAGAAUGCGCUGCUGUGCCUGCGCAACGACUCUGUGUGGGCAUUAGGGGCAACACUAGGACCGAUAGGCUGGCGCCUACGGAAGCAUUAUUUUAAAGUCACCACAAAACCACCAGAAAAGACACACAACAAACUGUUGGUUAAGAGUGGCUCGCAAACGCACCAGAGCAAACAUUUUGCCGCAGGCAGCAGCAAUGGCAGCGGAGGAUCAAUUGAUGCUGGCACCUUCGAUCCUAAUACCGAGAUGGUUGCCGAAUGGUUGGAAUAUGGACCGGACAAGUACAUCGAGGAAAAAGAAAUGAAUGGCGUAUUGAAAAGCUUAAUGGGCUUACAGCAUCCGCAUAUUGAGCCUGUCGUACUAGCAGCACACACAGAGAGUGGCUGUUUGGUUAUAAGAAAAUUUCACAAAAAUGGCACUUUAAAGGAUGUUUUAUGCAUGGCUGGAAAUCCAAAAAAUCCGUUUCUCAGCAAAUAUGGCAAUCCAAAGGGGCGCACUGCACUGUCCAUGAAACAAGUUGCUACAUAUGGAAAGCAAAUCUUAGAGGCUAUGAUAUUUUUGCACUCAAAGGGAUACGCUUACGGUCAUUUACAUUCCGGCAAUGUUGUCAUUGUGGACGAUUGCGUCAAACUCUUAGACAUUGAAAACCAAGUUCUGGGCGUGCCCGCCUUCUACAGGCCAUUUUUUGUGCAACAUAGCAAAAUCCAUACGAUUGAGACAAUUGACGUUUACUCUUUUGGUCAUGUAAUAUUUGAAAUGGCUAUGGGGUAUCCCCUUCAGGAGUCGAUUGUGGUACGCCAAAUUACCGAAUGCCCCGAAGCGCUAAAAUGCCUGCUGGAAAGUAUACUCUCGAAGGAGGCAUGCAAGGCUGGCCUGCCGACUUUAGAGCAAUUAAUUGGUCACCGAUUCUUCACACAGUACGCUGCGACAGCGCCAUCAGAUAGUGGAGCUGUUCCUGAAAAACCAUACUUCAAAUUGUCACUAAACGCCAAGGAACUGCUGAAGCAGGCGGCUUUGAGGGCCGAAAACCGUUUACGUGAUGAACAGAAAUCGGUGAAAAACCAGAAGAGGAUUGUACGUGUACAAGAGCUCAUGAGUUCAGAAGAGGAAAAACGCAAAUCCAAGCAUAAAGCCAAAUUAGAGCACAAACAAUCGAAGCUAAAGCAGCAAGGUUCACUCCAAACGAACAAUGGACGCUUGUCGCUUUCCGCAGCUUCUUCUAGCACAGCUGCUGUCAGUGGUCUGAACACAGCAGAUUCAUUCAAUCGCUCAGACAGCGCACUAACGCCCGAAGAACCCACACUGGCCGGCAUCAAAUCUCCCCCACUUACGCCAGCUCUGCAUAUGGCAACGCAGACACUGCAGCAAACACCAUUUGAUGUGGCUGACCUUCCAGCAAGCACCAGCGGCGGUGCCGCAUCGGUGGAAAGGCAGUCUUCAACACCGAAUAUGUCAUCGGAAGACACUAGCGAGCCCACACGCUCGGCCCUGCUCGAAUCUAUAUGCAAAUUUAAUCGCGGUUCUUUGCGCAAAGUACGAUCUAAUGAUUAAGAAACUCAAAGAAACACUACUUUCAAUAUUGGACCAAAUUGGCGUUAUGAAAUAACGGUGCCAUUACCAAGAACACAAAAAUGUAAUACCAAACCAAAAAUGAAGAUCCUUUUUUAGAAAAA